GGAAAUGAGGAUGGGUAGAAUAACUUCACCAUGACCUGACCGGCUCACCUUCAGCUCUGACGAGUUAAAUCGGCAAACGUGUAAAUGCUGAGAGAGAGAGAGAGAAAUAACAGAACAAAAUAAUCAGAUGAAAACAAAAGCUAAACGGGUAAACAAAAUGAAACCCUAUUAGCAAACCCCCGGGCAUGACUUCAUUGCAAUCCAGUGGUGAAAAACCGAAUUGACUAGCUCAGUAGAUUCUCGUCUAAUCUCCCAAAUUGUCCCAGCGCUGCUGCAGUGUCUACUGCAGUCUUUGACCCCUACACCGCCAGGCUCUACCUGCUGCACCGAACUCAAUGCGAGAGCCAUGCUUGCCUUCGUUCUAGUAUCUGGGUCCAUUUGGAUGGUUUUAGAGAUUAGUAACACGUUGAUUGAGAAGAUGCAAGCUCAGGAGAUCCUGAGGAGCCUGCGCCUGCCCGAGCUCCAGGAGUUCAGCCAGUUAUUCUGCAGCCUGCCUGCCCCCACACUGGUUGGGAUCGGGGCUCUCGCCGCUGUCAUUGCGUACUGGCUGGCCACCAGACCCAAGGCCAUGAAACCUCCCUGUGACCUCACAAGGCAGUCCGAGGAAGUGGAGUGCUAUGCUGGUGCACGCCGCUCUGUCCUGGGUGACAAUCCUAAGCUGCUAACACACUAUUACGAUGACGCGAGAACGAUGUACGAGGUGUUCCAGCGAGGGCUGCACAUAACAGGUGACGGCCCUUGUUUGGGCUCCAGAAAGCCCAAACAACCAUAUGAAUGGCUAUCGUACAGGGAGGUUUCAGACAGGGCUCAGUGCCUGGGCUCAGGGUUGAUUUUCCAGGGAUGCCGACCCUGUCCAGAGCAGUUCAUUGGGGUCUUUGCACAGAACAGACCGGAGUGGAUUAUCUCCGAGUUGGCUUGCUAUACCUAUUCUAUGGUGGUUGUGCCACUUUACGACACUCUAGGACCAGGGGCAAUUCGUUAUAUUAUUAACACAGCUGAGAUUUCUACAGUAAUAUGCGACAGGCCCGAGAAGGCCAGCGUCCUCUUGGAGAAUGUGGAGAUGCUGCAGACCCCAGGGUUGAAGACUAUCAUUUUAAUGGACCCGUUUGACCCUGGCCUUGUAGAGAGGGGGGACAGAUGCGGGGUUCACAUCCAAUCCAUUAAGGACGUGGAGGCGCUGGGGAGAGUGCACCAUAAAGGUCCUGUGCCUCCUCAACCAGGUGAUUUAUCCAUUGUGUGUUUUACUAGUGGAACAACAGGAAACCCUAAAGGUGUCAUGUUGACUCAUGGGAAUGUAGUAGCCGAUUUUUCCAGCUUUCUGAAAGUCACUGAGAAAGUGAUCUUUCCCAGACAGGACGAUGUGCUUAUCUCCUUCCUGCCUCUUGCUCACAUGUUUGAGAGACUUAUUCAGUCUGUAGUUUACUGCCAUGGAGGAAGGAUUGGGUUCUUUCAAGGAGACAUCAGGCUCCUGUCUGAUGACAUGAAAGCACUGCGCCCGACAGUCUUCCCUGUGGUACCCAGGCUGCUCAACAGAAUGUAUGACAAGAUCUUUAGUCAGGCAAACAGCCCAGUGAAGCGCUUUCUUCUGGAAUUUGCAGCAAAGAGAAAAGCAUCAGAAGUUGAAAGUAACAUUAUCCGGAAUGACAGUUUGUGGGACAGACUCUUCUUCGGCAAAAUCCAGGCUAGUCUGGGAGGCCGGGUGCGAAUGAUCGUCACGGGAGCGGCUCCAGCUUCCCCCGCCGUGCUGGGGUUCCUGCGGGCAGCUUUGGGGUGUCAGGUCUAUGAAGGCUAUGGUCAAACAGAGUGUACCGCAGGAUGCACCUUCACCACACCUGGAGACUGGACAUCAGGUCAUGUAGGAGCACCGCUGCCCUGCAAUCUUAUCAAACUGGUGGACGUGGAGGAGAUGAACUAUUUUGCUUGCAAAGGAGAGGGAGAGGUCUGUGUGAAGGGACCGAAUGUUUUUAAGGGCUACCUCAAAGAUCCGGAGAAGACUGCAGAGGCGUUGGAUGAGGACGGAUGGCUGUACACUGGGGACGUUGGCAAAUGGUUACCGAACGGUACGUUAAGAAUAAUUGAUCGGAAGAAUCAUAUCUUUAAACUGGCCCAGGGAGAGUAUAUCGCCCCAGAGAAGAUUGAAAACAUUUACAUCCGGAGUGAGCCAGUCGCCCAGGUGUAUGUCCAUGGGCACAGUUUACAGUCCUGCUUGGUGGGUAUUGUUGUACCUGACCCAGAAGUUAUGCCACCCUGGGCAAGGAAAAAAGGCUUCAAGGGGCAGUACGGAGAGCUGUGUAAAGAUAAGGACCUUAAAAAAGCAAUAAUGGAAGAUAUGGUCCGAUUGGGAAAGGCAAGCGGACUUCAUUCAUUUGAGCAGGUCAAAGACAUCUACAUCAACAGUGAAAUGUUUUCCAUUCAAAAUGGCCUUUUGACCCCAACGUUAAAGGCGAAGCGACCGGAACUGAGGGAUUAUUUUAAAGAAAGAAUAGAAGAGCUUUAUGCCAACAUCUCUAUGUAAAAUAUCCAUUUAGAUGCCCUGUUUCAGAGACUUUUUUUUUUUUUUUAGCAAUAUUGCUGUACAUAAACCACUUGUCGUUAACUCAUUAUUAAAACGGCAUUCCACUGCGAAAAACCUAAAAACACAGCUGUUGUUUUUGUAACUGCUGGUGGUGCCCAUCCUGAAGGCGGUGUGAUUCUGAAGUGCACAGCAAACAGUCCUGAUACAGUGCUGCUAAAACCAAAUCUACACUUUUUCCAAACUGAAACAUUUCACCUGCAUUUAUUUGUCUUGAAAAUUUUAUAUGAGCUCAGAUUAUUCACUGUAACUCAUCCCAAUGAAUGCGUGUGCUUCUGAAGAAUGCAGUAUUUUAAAUUACACAUGAGUGGCUACUGGCCCAAAUGUCAAAUCAAUCCUCUUUGUUAGAAGUAAAAAGUAAUAAGGUUUCUUCUAUCAUUGAGUAGCGAGAUUGUGAAUGUGGAAGUAUCUGAUCUUUAGUUAUAAAAACGGGUAGACCUUCUUAUUAAAAGACAGCACCCAGCAAGGGCAAUGGGGGCCAGUUAUGUAUAAUAAAACACACUUUCUUAAAUAAAUAAUAAUAAAAAAGCAUAUGAAACAAAUUUCUUCUUCCCAUCUUUUACAAAUAUUUUAUUAUCUGUGUGAAAUACAGUGUGGUUGGUGGCAGUCACAUGUGCAUAGGAAAGCCAAUUACAUACUGGUUUUUGAGGGCAAACUUUUCAGUGAAAAUGUCUAGAAAGUGUACUGAAGUAUAUAGACUCAUAAGAGCAUAAGUUUGGGAACAGCAAGGGGGUCAUUCGACCCACGAAGGCUCCUCCUAUCUUAGCACAUGAAAAGUGAUAUAAUUUGAUAGGAACCUAUUCUUUUUUUUAUCUUGCACUACAUUUUUUUAUUUAAACUGGAACAGGGCUCACAGUCAUUUAACAUAUAUAUAUAUAUAUAUAUAUAUUUGAAACAAACCAUUCAGAAUUCACUUAUUUGAAUUUCACACUGUUCCAAACCACUCCAAAUACACAGAGGAACCCUGCAGAAAGCAGCCACAGGGCCCACAGCAUGAUGACGUCACUGGCAUGUGACAUGCACACAUCUCGACACUCACAAGGUUAAGUUUGCACGUUGUGUAUAAUUUGAUUCCUCUUUCACACAUGAACAAACUGGUAUUCCUUGGAUAAACCUCUAUUCCUGCUCCUCUUGUUCUUGUCCUCUUGCUCUGCUGUUUGGUUUUUCAUUGAGAGUUCUGUAAAGACUGACAGGCUGAAGGGAACACAUGUUUACAUUCACAAGAACACAGGCAAAAGGGUUGUACUUAUUGUUUCUCUGGGUUAAAAGAGGAUUUUCUGAAUUACUGAAUUUUGCUCCCAGCUGAAAUGGGAAUAAUGCAUUUGAAUCAUUCUGUUUCUGGAUUGUCAAAUGUUUGCACAGAGCAAUAGAGAUCUACAGACAUUCAAAAAUACACUUUUGUUGAACUUUUGUCUUCGAGGCUGGAAUCAAUUAACUUUUAGCUGGGAAAAUAUAAAUUCAUGUGAUAAAGAGAGCAAAUGUGAAGCAAUUUAUAUUUUGACCCAAUUCAUCACUGAUAAAUCAUAAUAAAAACAGAUCAACAGGUACUUGGUUUAUUUCAUGUAUUUAAGAGUUUUUUCACAGCUGAAAGUGAAUUGGAUUAGGGGAAGAUGAAAUCAACUAAUGCAGUAUCCAUGUUGUUUUAUAAUAAAAGAGUAUUGAUUAUCUAAUGGCAUGUUACAGCACCACUGUGUGUUUAGAUUGAAUCUGCACCAAGAAGUGUCUUUAGAUUUCUUUUUAAAUGUUAUGACUGAUUGUUUGAAG